UGGUCGAAUGCAAAGUACGACGGCGACGCACAGUUCGACCGCAAAGCGACGUUGAUGUCAGUUCGUGUGUGUGCAUGUGUGUGUGUGCAAUAAAAAAACUACGAAUUGCGAAAGAGCAAAAAGGCAAGAGACAAAAAAAUAAUUCUACGUUCAGCAAUCAAACAGGCAGCUUGCGGGGUGAAGUGCUAAAACUGUAAAACGGACAAAAGCGGCGCGCGCGGCGUGCAAUGCGCUAAAAAAAAAAAGACAAGCAAUAACAGCCAUUCAGGCCAGGGGAGGGUUUGGCUUGCAUGCGUGUGUGCAUGUGUCCUGCACACAGUGUUGCAUUUUGUGCGUGUACGGGGGGCCGGCUAAAAUCCAAUGAUGUCCGCAUUUGAGGAUGGCCAACAGCAACAACAACGACUACUACAACAGGAACAGCAACAACAACAACAAACACAAACUCCGCAGCCGCGCACGCCACUGAGACUCGCAAAUGAGGCCGCCAACAACAACAACAACAACAGCAGCAGCAGCAGCAGCAGUAGCAGUAAAAACAACAAUAAUUCCAUCAUGGGCAAAGUAAAGUUGCGGGUAUCCAGCAUACUUCCGGAUUCACUAAGCAAAUGGUUUUCACCAACUGCUGACCCAAAUGCCGCCGGCGCCGCCGCAGUCGCUGGGGAAGAGUCGUCAUCGUCAACAUCGCCGCAGCUGCCGCUAUCGCAGCAUAAUGGCAGCGCGUUGACAACUACAAUCAAACAGAAACACAGUCGUCGUCGCAUUCAGCUCGAGGCAGAUGAUGCGCCCGAUAUUGCCGUCGAUGACGGCACCAAUGCGCAGGAUCUCAACGAAGAGGAGGUUCAGCUGGCCGAUAACAUAGCCGAACACGAUCUGGCCGGCGAGGAUGAGCAGACGCGUCGCAGCGAAUAUAAUGUUAGUUUAUUGCGCAAACGUCAACUGGUCGCCAACGAAGACGACGACGACGAUGAUGACGAGGACGCCGAAGAGGAGGACGACGACGAAGCCGACGAUGGUCCACAGCCACUCAACUAUCGAUCGCAACAGCCAAAUCGCAGCGUUAAUUUCCGCAGCAGUGCGGCACAGCCGCUGCAAAAGCGCAAGCGUAUGGAGCCAAUGGAAAGCACCUUUAGUCCUCAAUUUAAUGCACAGCGUCGACGCCCGCAGCUGCACGCCUCAACGCCAGCUGCCAGCGAUGCACUGCGCAGCCAAGCGCCACCGAAUCGUUUCUCAACGCACUUGAACCUCUACGGACAUCAGCGUCAGCGCGAGCCCGCCUACAAUUUCAUGUCCGCCGGCAACAACAGCAGCAGCGAGGCAGCUGUUGCCACCAGCGGGGAUUUGCCAAUGAGCUCGCGACGCUCAUUGAAUAUUGCGCCAAUGACUGAACGCCGCGAAAUGGCGCUGCCCAGCUAUAAGCGGCAAUCGCUGCUGGGUCAUCGCGGCCUUAUGCCCAACUGGCGCAGCUAUCAGACCAUUAGCGAGGUGCCAAAUGAGGAGCAGCAGCAACAGCAACCGCAACAAACAAUGCGCCAGGAGACAAACAACAACAACAACAAUAUAAUACAGACUAAGCGCAGCGGCGGUACAGAUUCCCAAUCUGAGUGCGAGAGCAAUGAGAGCCAUGCGGCUGGCGGGUCAGGCUUUGGUUAUGGACGUAUGAACAACCUCAACAACAACAACAAUAACAUCAAUAGCAAUAGCAAUCAAUUAUUUUAUGGCAAUUUGCAGAGCCGCAAAUCGGUGUUCAAUACGAAUGUAAAUGCAACAUCGCUGCUGCAACACCACAAUUCGACACUAUCGCUCAAUUCGCUGAAUCAUCGCCGUCGCUUUAACGCUUCCAUAUAUGGCAGCACUUCGGCGUUGAGCGAUAGUCGUCUGUUGAGCAGCAGCAUGUCCGGCAAUUCACCAUUUUAUCAGGGACCCACCGCCUUUGGCGGCAGUUCGGCAAACAAUCGUUAUUUUAGUCAAGGCAAUUUGCCGAUCAAUUCGGGCGGCAGCUCGCCGGCGCCAUCGAAUAGCGAUAGCGUUUGCAGCAACAGUAAUCCUGCUCGCCCAAAUAUCUGUCACAGCAGCUACGGCAUGAAGCCCAUCGAGAUGCGCCCACGUGGGAAUCUGUGCACUGGCGCUGGUGAUGGUAGCGCCAAUGUGCCUGGCUUAUCGCUGACAGCGCAACGUAUACUCAAUCUAUUGGAAAAUCAUACGACGCCGCUUAUGGAUGCCAAGAAAAUGGGUAGCACAUUGCGUGAACAUCAAUUGCAGCGCAGCUCAAGACACCUGACCGCCGGCUCCAAGCCAUAUUCCUAUCCCAAUCAUACUUUGGCAUUUGGCUAUAAUAACACCGCCGGCGGCAGCAGCAAUAACAAUCGGAAUAGCGAUCCGGAUAAUAGCUCUAAAUUGCUAGUGCCCACCAUGCUGCAGCUGCUGGAACGUCGACGUUUGCAUCGUGUGGCGCCCAGCACACGUGCCCUAGUUGAUGCCAAGCAAUUGGAGGAGCAACAAAUGUUGCAUCAACAGCAUCAACAGGCCGCCAAUUUGGCAGCUAACUCCAAUACGACGGUCACGGUCACGGCAACGGCCACGGGCAGCCAGAGUCAUACGAAUAAGAUGCGUUCACGUUUAUCCCAUCAGUUGCGCAAGGAUGCGCGCAUUGUGGAUGAGCAGCAGCUGCCACCAGCGCCUCUCGAUUUGCCCAACAUACGUUUUCCGGUGAUGGCCAGUGAGCCGACAUUUGAUUUGGUUAUUGCGCCGCCGCCGCCAGUGUCAGCUGCAGCAACAACUGUCCAGCAGCAGCAGCAGCUGCCCAAGCUGAACAACAACAACAACAACACCAACAAAACCAACAACAACAGCAGCAUUCGCCGCCGCGGCAAUUCAAGCACACGUUAUCAGUUUGCAACACCGCAGCCACUCAAUUGCGCCGAUCCUGCCGGAACAACUGCGGCGCCACAGAAACGAAUGAAGCAUAAUUUUAUAUUUGAUCCGCCCGUUCCAUUGGAUGAGCCGACCAAGUGUUUGCCCAACUCGUUGCAGUUCAAUGGUGCCACAUGCAACAGCAACCUGAAGAGCACCGGCAGCGUGAUUGAUGUACUGCUGCCGCCCAAGCGCACAGAAGCUCCAGCAGCAGCUCCAGCAACAGCAGCUCCUUUAACAACGGGUGGAUUUGGUGAUCAGUUUAAGAAAUCCGCCAGUGAAUGGGAGUGCGAGGCGUGCAUGUUGCGCAACAAGCAGGAGCUGAACAAAUGCGUCGCCUGCGAGACGCCCAAGCCAAAACCUAAAGGAGCCGCCAAUUCUGCUGCCUCAGGCCCAACGGCGCCGGCCAUAAACUAUCCAGCUGAGGACGAGACGGCGCGCCUUAAAACCACAAGCCUUGGCACACAGGUGUGCAUGUCCAGCAUUGCCCAAAAUAGCGGCAGCAACAGCAGCAGCUUUGGCAGCAGCAACAGCAACAGUUUUCCUAGCGGUUUUGGUGAUGCCUUCAAGCCCCCGGCAAAUAUGUGGGAAUGCGGCUGUUGUAUGAUCAUGAACCCGGCCAGCCUUAAUGAAUGCCUCGCCUGCCAGUCUCCCAAUCCCAAGAGCAGCAACAGCAACAGCAAUAGCAGUACCAACAACAACAGCAACAGCAAUAACAGCUUUAAAUUUGGUUUUGAAGCUGCCGCCGCCGGCACAGCUGUUGUGCAGCCUAAGGCGGAUGCCGGCUUCCAGCAGCUGAUCGCGGCACAAAAGUCGAGCAGCUGGAAUUGUGAGGCAUGCAUGGCACAGAAUGAUAUCAGUCGCAACAAAUGCAUAUGCUGUGAGCAACUGAAGCCCGGCACCACCGUCGAGGAGGCUUCAACCACUGCGGCUGUGCCCAAGUUUAUGUUUGGCUUUCCAGCAAAGGCUGCUUCAACAGCAGCAACAGAAGCAGGUGCAACAACAACAGCGGCAACAGCAACUGUUGCUCCAGUCACGCAGUUCAAAUUUGGGUUCGCGCCCGCUGCAGCAGUAGAUGCUGGCAAGGAUGUGGCCGAUAGCAACAAAGCUCUUACAACAACAACAACAACAACAACAACAGUAGGGGCGACAACAUUCAGUAAUUCAUCAACAACAACAGCAACGACAAAUGUCUUCAAAAUUGGCACGGGAACAGCUGCCAAAACGGUGGACUUCAAACUUGGCGACAAUGCAGCACAGCAGCAACAGUUGUCGUUGGCAACGGACAAACCUGCGCCGGCUAGCAGCAGCAUGGCGCCGGCAACAUCUAGCAGCGGCCAGGGAUUGUUUGCAACAACAACAGUGACACCAGCAGCUGCAACAACUUUUGCAUUUGGCGCCAACACGGCAACGACAACAGCAACAACAAUAGCAGCUGCCGCUGGAAAGCCCGUGGAGAGCAAAUUGUUUAACUUUGGCAGCUUUACGCCCAACACAGCCGUGUCCAGCAGCACCAGCACCAGCACCAACACCACCAGCAGCAGCAGCAGUGGCUGCAGCACAUCAAAAGCAACAACAUCAAAAGCAACAACUUCAUUUGCAACAACAGCAGCAGCAGCUACUCCUUUUGCCAAUAAUCCUGCAACAAGCGUUGCAACAUCAUCCACAACUUUGCCCAUUUUCGGCAGCAGCAGCCAGGGCUGCAACCUGUUCGGUAGCAGCAACACGGCAACAAAAACAACAAAUGCAAUGCAGCCGCUGGCGGUCAGCUCGCCAUUUGGCAUGGCGACAACAACAACAACAACAUCAGCAGCAGCAGCUGCUGCUGCCACCGUACAGCCCAAUACCGGCGGCAAUGCCACAAUCUCUGCGGUUUUUGGCAAUGUGAAUAGUCCGUUUGGCACAAAUACAGCGCCCGGUGCCGGCGGCGUCGCCUCGCCGCUGACAAACAUAUUCAACAGCAGCAGCAGCAGCAACAACAAGGGAACACCAACAACAACAGCAGCAGCAGCAACAACUGUUGCAGCAGCAACACCUAAACCGGCAUUUAAUUUUGUUAGCGCCAACGCACCAAUCGCUGCGCCCGCCGGCGGCGUCUUCAACUUUGGCGCAACGCCCACGAAUGCCGCUGCCAGUGGCAGCAGCAACAGCGGCGGCAACAGCAGCGCGUUGCCAAAGCCAGCCUUCAAUUUUACGGCAACUGCUCCACAGACGACGGCAUUUAAUUUCUCGGCGAACUCAACAACAGCUGGCGGCAAUGCGGGCAACAGCGACUUCUUUCCAAGAACGGAACGACUUUUCCAAUUUGGGGCCACUGCGGCGUCAACUGAUGCUGGUGGCACAUCAUCAACCAUGAUGCCAGCAGCAGCAAAUCAAUUGUUCAAUUUUACCGCCUCAGCGCAGCAAAUGCAGUCAACGCCAAACGCCGCUCCGUUCCAAUUUAAUGCCGGUGCGCCUGCGCCAGCCAAUAUAUUCGCUUUCAAUCCACCAAACGCUGGCAGCGCAAUGCAGAAUCCACGCCGCAAGAUACGCGGACCGACGCGUCGCCUGCCGCCGCGGUAGAAAUGGAAAGUGGCGCCGCCGCCGCUGACGCCGCCGUCAACAAUGACAGAACCGGACAACAAUGGACAACACUGGGACAC